UGGGUACAUCAGGUUGUAUCCAAAAGCCUAUCACAUUAACAAAUAUUGCAUCAAAGUUGCAAUCUAUGGCUAUGCAAGAAUUGAAGAAUGCAUCACAAAUCCACUUGGCAUGAGAUCAGGAGACAUCAUUAACGACCGUCUUUCAGCCUCAUCCUUUCAACGGGUAACCAAAAACCCAAGGUUACAUUCAAGGUCAUGUUGGUGCCCUGAAUCAAGAGACUUUACACCUUAUCUCACAAUUGAUUUGGGUUCACAUCAUGUGAUUUGCGCUGUUGAUACACAGGGAUGCAAUAUUGCUGAUCGUUGGGUAAAAUCGUAUCACAUUUCGAUAUCUUCAAAUGGAAGCUUAUGGUCUCUGUACAAGGAAAACAAUGUUACAAGGAUUUUCUACGGGAACUACGACCGAUCGACGAUAUCUCAUAAGUUAUUGUACCACAGCCCCACAGCAAGAUAUGUCCGUAUUGCACCCCAAACAUACCAUGGUGCACCAUGCUUGAGGAUGGAGAUUUAUGGCUAUCAACUGGAAUCAACGUGUUCAAAGCACAGUGUUGGUGUUCCUAGUGCAUCAAUCAUACCAAACCACCGCUUUAAAGCUACCUCUUAUGGUCAAUAUUAUCGUCCGUACAUGGCUCGAUUACAAGGUUAUUCUUCGUGGGGACUCAGUGCUGAAGCGAGUACUCAAUACCUUGAGAUUGAUCUGGGUAAAAUAUUCCGUAUAUGUGCCGUAUUGACUCAGGGAGAUCCCACUCACAGACAUUGGUUCACAAAGUAUUCACUACGAUACUCCGAUGAUAAUAAAUUGUGGAAAACGUAUAAAAAGCUGGAUGGAAAAGAAAAGGUUUUCCCAGGAAACUCAGACAAAGAAACRAUUGUAACUAAUGUCAUCAAGUACCCCUUCAAAGCAAAGUUUGUUCGAGUGSUUCCUAAAGGAUCGUUAUGGAAWAGAGCUUUAAGGGUUGAUUUUAAAGGAACUCCAGAAGUAUGUACCAACCCACUUGGUGUCGAGAAUAGAGGAAUCUCAGACCCUCAGAUGACGUCGUCGUCGUCAAAAGACAGUUCCCAUGUUGCAUCACGAGGUCGUCUGUAUGGCAAAUCUGCAUGGUGCAGCGCAACAUCUUCGAACGCCGAGUACAUACAGGUUGACCUGGGACGAGUGAAGACUGUCACGGGAAUAGCAACACAGGGGUAUCCAUCGAAGGACAAGUGGGUGACUUCAUACAAUCUUAUUUACUCUAUUAACAGUGACUUAUGGCUUAAUUAUACAGAACAAGAUGUUACAAAGGCUUUAAUUGGGAACACUAACAAACAUGACGUCAUAGUUAAUUGGCUGGGUCGACCAAUAGCAGCGCGUUAUGUCAGAAUAAUUCCGCAGAAAAACAAAGGUGACAACUGCUUGCGUCUUGACSUGUAUGGAUGUGACUUUGUAAAAUUACUUAAAGCUGCGCUCAAUACCAAUAGCAUCACAUUGCCAAGCAUUAAAGGAAGCUUUCAAACACUGAAAUGCACAGUUAUCGGCGAAACAUCGCCAACUUUUCAAUGGUUUCGUAAUGGUUCAACAAAACUCCCAGGGACAACAAAGAAUACUCUCAAGGUGAAAUUUAUCUCAGCCCAGGACAUCAAAUCUACGUACAAAUGCAAAAGAGGAGAUCCCAACUUGAGGCUUGUGGUCUGUAAGAUAAACUACACCUGUAGAGCUACUCUWCCAGUAGAUGUACCGAGCGUUGCUCCAGCUGAAGCAACGACUCAACUAACUGUCAACCUAAAUGUUCCAGAAAAACAGUUAUUUUCUAUUACUUCGAGGAAGAGAUCAUUAAUGAUAAACUGGACGCCUGCUGUGCAAUUAGAUGACGUGGGCGCCAUUGUUGGGUACACAAUCAAGUUGAAUGACAAAGAAACACAAGUGKGAUCUAACCAGACGCAGCAUAUAUUUACUGGACUCAAACCAUACACUAACUACACACUUCAAAUGAAAGCAAAUAGUGUGGUUGGUGAGGGWRUGUGGAGCGACGUUAAGACUGCAGCUACACUGAUAGCAAAACCAGAAAGACUACCAAUAGUGUUUGCAACGGCAAAUUCAUCAAAAAGCAUUAAAGUAAKAUGGGAGGUGCGUGCGGCCAAAGUCAACGGACCUAUGGCUGGUUUUUGGAUUACAUUCACCGAUGCCCUAGGAAACACAAAKACAAAACAAGUUCCAAACAUCAGAAGAACCGUACUGACCAACUUGAAGAAGUGGACGACAUACAARAUAACUGUGUCAAUUUGGAAUUCAAMAUAUUAUGGUCCMGAAAGCAGCAUUGUAUCUGAAASAACARAUGAGGAUGGUAAAUAG